CGCUGUGAAUCGGCCGUACUCUCGAGCGGGAAUUUCAAAACUGAAAAUGUGAUUGCCAAUGAUCUGCAAGAGAAAUUUCAAAUAUGUCUUUUGCAUCUAAACAAGUGGCCCAUCGAAGGCUACCGCCUUUACCCGGUUCUUCUAACACUCAUAAUUCGACUAGGAGGCGUACAAUGGACAGCCUGUCUAAUCUCUGCCCAGGUUCUCAACAAUCACUAUCAUUCAUGACAUCACUCAAUUCAAGCAUCUCAAAGGAAAUGAAUUCAUUUUUGACUCUGACACCAGACAAGGUACAAACAUAUCUUUCUACUCACCCUGGAGUACUUGAUGAAUAUGUGAUCAACCUUGUGAGUAGUGCAAAACUAGAAGAAUGGAUGGCAAAGAAAAAAGAACAUGCCCCCAAGCGCACUGAUAGUCAAUACGAGCAUGUUCCAAAUUCCAAUGAAGCUUACCUAAAUAAAGAUAUGACAACCGUAACCAACAAUCUUGUUAUGACAUUAAGUACAACAUGUGACAUCUCCCAGAUGCUCUAUGACAUCACAAACACCACAGCCACAGCUAUUAAAUCUGAUUGUUUUGCACUAUACAUAUUGGCCAACAGUGCACAUGAUGUAUGUUUAUUCAGACCCAAUGGAGCCAGGGAAAGCCGUUUUAAAGUCUGUGGCCCUGUAGGAGGUGGUACAACCAUUUCUGCACAUGUAGCAAAGACCAAGAAGACAAUUCUCCUCAGAGAUAUACUAGGGGAUGAAAGGUUCCCCAAAGGCACUGGAAUAGAGGGAAGCAGUGCUCAGUCUGUGUUGUGCAUUCCUAUCAUAAUACCCCAUGAUGAUAUUGUAGGAGUUGCUGAAUUUUCCAGGACUUGGGAAAGUAAACCAUUUGGUGAAAUGGAUCUUCAGACAGCUACAGCUAUGGUUGCAUGGUCAAGUGCUGCCAUCUACCAAGGGCAGAUCAAUAGAGGGCUCAUGAAGCAGGGAGAUCUGAACAACUUUCUUCUUGAGGUUUUCAAAAUCAUUUUUGAGGACAUUAUUUCCAUGGAAAAGUUGGUCUCAAAUAUAAUGAGCUUUACUAAGGACCUAGUUAAUGCUGACAGAUGUGCAAUGUUCCUAGUGGAUGAAGAGAAGGAUGAGCUGUAUUGUGAAUUGUUCGAUGAAGGAGCUGAAAAGGGAGAGAAUAGAUUCACAAAGAAAAAGAUUAGGUUUUCUACUAGUAAAGGCAUCAGUGGCCAUGUGGCAAGGACAGCUGAAGUUGUGAACAUUAAAGAUGCUUACCAAGAUCCUCGAUUUAACAGGGAUGUUGAUAAGCUGACGGGCUACACCACCAAGAACCUGUUGACAAUGCCUAUCAUAAGCAAGAAGAAGGUGACGGGGGUGGUACAAAUGGUAAACAAGGUUGGCCAUGAAGAGCAGGGAUUCUCAAGCAUUGAUGAGAAAAACUUUGAAACCUUUGCAGUAUAUUGUGCCAUGGCUUUGUAUCUUUCUAAGCUUUACUCCACACUGAAUCACCAGACCAUGAUUCACGCCAUAGCAAUAGAGCAACUCAGCUACCAUCAACAAGCUUCUGAGGAGGAAUUUGGACGAUUACUCAGCAAACCAUUUUCCAAUAAGGUCACCUUAAGUGACAUUGAAAAGUAUGAAUUUUAUGGCAAGGAGUAUGACAAAGACCUCCCCCAGUUGUUUCUCAUGAUGACCACAAACCUCUUUGGAGCAGGCCUCUUUAGUCUGUCAAAGCUAUGUCGUUUUGUGCUAACAGUGAGGAAGAACUACCGACCUGUGGCCUACCACAACUGGCACCAUGGGUUCAAUGUUGCUCACUGUGUCUACUGUAUACUGAUACGUACCAUGCCCAAUGGCACAUUCACUGAGCUACAGGCCCUUGGUCUGUUCAUAGGAGCUAUCUGCCAUGAUUUGGACCAUAGGGGAUACAACAACAUGGGCAUGAAGAACAUUGACAGUCCCAUAGCUGCCCUGUAUUCUACAUCGCUGAUGGAACAGCACCAUUACAAUCAAACUGUCGGGAUUCUACAGCAAUCUGGUCAUGAUAUUCUGGACUUCCUCACGAAGGAGGACUACAAGACAGUUCUCAAGUCAAUAAAAGAUGCAAUCAUUGCAACUGAUCUCGCAAUAUAUUUUGGCAACCAGAAGAUUCUCACGAAAGAUUUAGAUGAGGGAACAUUUGAUCUCGACAAAAGGAAGAAUGAAGUGAUGGCCCUCAUGAUGACUGCAGCUGACCUUUGUGCUAUAUGUAAACUAUGGCCUACACAACAAGAGACUGCUAUACUCAUCUAUAUUUUGCAGGAAUGA